UGAGCUAUGCAAAUCUGAAACGAAGUUUCUCCCAGUAGCAGUAAAGUAGGUGACAGCAAUUUAGUUUUUCGGUUUCACUUUAAAUUCUUUUUUAUUUAAAAAACGGGCAGUUUUUUAUUGCAACCACGCAGAGAUAAUUAUUUCGUAGUCAUAAGGCAGUAAAUUAAUAGGCAUUUGCUAUGUUUGAACUGAGAGGUUUCCGCUAACGGCUGAUUAAAGCUAAGUGCUAAUAGCUAGUCUGAGCAUUUCGCCGGUUCCUCUCUUUGUCUGACAGGGGAAGGCGUGCUCUUUUGUUAGGCUUUUCCCUUUGUCCGGCUGGGAAAGGGAACUGUAGGGUCAGUAUUUUGCAAUUAUCCGUUAUUCUAAAAUCAUUUUUGAAAAAUGCUAAAAGCGAAAAAAUAUUUGAAAGAAGGCCUGAUUCAGUUGACGAUCUUGCUGAGUUUGAUAGGAGUUCGCGUGGAUCUGGACAGCUACUUGAGCGGCUACUAUUCGCCCUUAAUUGAGAUUAAUUUAGGUCCAAGCUCAGCUUACACUCAGACUCCAUUUCAUAAUUUAAGAGAAACUCUCGAUGGAUACAGUGUGCAUCCCAAAUGUCCGGAGUUAGAUCAUUUCUUUGCAAGCCGACGGUUGUUAGAGGAAGUAAGAACCCUCGGCUCACCACGAUUCCACACAAGCCUGAACGCAUGGCUGGUCCACCAAGUGUCUCCUACUGACAAGACUGGCAGUGGACCGUCAUCCAACAGUAGCAGCAGCAGCAGCAACAUCGGCAAUGGUCCAGCGUUGCAAGGCUCAGAGGAUGACCGUGAGCACCUGCCUGAUGCUGACCAAGCAACCCCCGAAGCAGAACAUGGGCCUUGUAGCACUGGAGCAUGUGCCUUUCCUAAAGAGGAAAACGAUGUUCAAAUCAAAGAGGAGGAAGAGCCUGCUCCAGUUACCCAGCUAGCUCACAGUUCCACACUGGAACAAGAGAGUCUGCUGGGAGGUGUCACUUCACUGUCGGACAGCGAAAGCCACCAUCCUCCUACCUUUGAUUUUGAUCAGCACUGGAACAACUUGCUUUCUCUUUCAGUCACUGACCUUGAUGGUUUGGAUUCUCUUGUUGAGGACAAUGAUAUCACCACUGCCAUCAGCCAGGAUGUCAGUUUGCAUGAUGCCAUGCUAACCACUGCUGGAUCAUUUGGUGUGACCUCAGGACAAGGUGGGGCCAGACAUAACACCCAAGAAAGGAACCUCCUUAGUCUGGAGUCCUGCAGCUCCUCUCACUCAGAUGUUUCACCAGGGAUGGCCCUGGGCCUGGCUGCUCUCCCCUUUGCUUCAGUGUGUAAUUUACCAGGAGAUGAACCACCUCAUAAUGUACUGAGUGACUGUCUGGAUGAAGCAGUGUUCGAUCAGAUCAAUCAGCUAGGCUUAGAGGGUCUGGAUAACAUGGAUAUGCAGUUGAUAAACCACCUCGAGAAUGUUACUCCACAGGUCCUUGAAGACCUGGACUCAGAUUCAGGACUCUCUCUGGAGAGCAGCUCUGGAGGUCCAGUCUCCCCAGGUGUAUCAGACAUGUCGUCGUCGUCGUCAUCUUCCAGCUCAUACUAUGAAGAUGAAGGUGGUGCAACAGGUUACAGCAGUGAUGCAGAUGCACUCCCCUUAAAAGGCAUUGCAGACUACACCUCCGAGUGGUCACCGUUAGAUCAUAGUGAAAGCAUGUGGCACGACCACAGCUAUUCGUCACAUACUUUUUUCAACCAGCCUUCAGUUACACUUCUGCACAAAGGUAUUAAAGAGGAGGCCCUCAGUGACAUCGAAGAGUCAGGGUUGCAUGGGCAGCAGAUGAGCCGAGAUGAGCUGCGUGCUCAAGCCAUGUACAUCCCGUUCUCUGUCCUGCAGAUUGUCAACAUGCCCGUGGAGGAGUUUCUCGAGAUCCUGGAUGGUCACGGCUUCUCUGCAGAACAGGUGACACUCCUCAGAGAUAUACGCAGGCGCGGUAAAAACAAGUUGGCAGCUCAGAACUGCCGCAAGCGCAAACUUGAUGCUAUCACCGGACUUCAGGAGGAAGUGGAAAGGCUGCAAGCUCAGAGGAACAAGAUGAUGCGGGAGAAGCAGCUCACAGCCAAGACGAUGUGUGCUGUGGGUCAUCAGAUCAAGCAGCUGACCAGAGACAUUCUUGCCCGUAUGAGGGAUGAUUCGGGGCAGCCCCUGAACCCAGAAAGAGUCACCCUGCAGUGCGGGGCUAAUGGUAGGGUAGUUGUUCAGCCUUUGCGGCGACCCAGUGUCUCAACAUCAUCUGGCAACAAAACGGACAAGAGGAAGAAGGAGAAAAAACAGUGACACUCUGGUCACCAAAGUAGACUUGAAUUUCUAGGGUUUUUGGACGUUGAUGAACUUAUUUGCCAGACUGAUUUUGGGAUCUCCUUUCAUAAAGGUGUUUGAACUCUCUGCUUUCGGGACACUUACUGGGCAAAUGUUGCAAAAAAAAAAAACUCUGUAAAUAAAAUAUCUCAUGGGAAACUGUAGCUCACACACUGGAUGUAUUCCAUUUGUUAAAAAUGGUCAAGUCACAAAAGCCAAUUUAUGGGAACAGCUAUUCUGCUGUUGAAAAUGUCAGUCUCUCAAUGCCAACAAUCUCCAAAGUCAUUCGGUGGAGCAGGUCGUACACAGCGCCAAUCAACAUACAAUUCAGAGAUAACAUUUGAUUUAACUGCUUUGAGUACAGACAGGAGCUCAAACAAGCAUAUUGACAUCCAAAAGUCAGCCCUGAAAAAACCUUGUUCUCUGCACAAACAUUCAGUAGACUUUCAUAUUAGUCCUUGUCAGGAGGACAAUAAAAUGUAUCAACCCCUUUUUUUUUUAAACGUAUUUGUUUUUAAUUUGUGGAAUUAUUUCUUACUUAGACCACCAAAUAAUUUAAAAUACAACUGUUUGUCUGUGCUAUGACUUCAGAGUCUGAUGUUUUACCAAGUGCUUACAACAUCCUCUAAAGGAUUUCUAGAUCAACACUGACAGUGGAUGCGGUCAAAUGCUUUGUACAGAGGACAUUUUUUGAUUUAGUUUCUAGAAUUUCAUGAGUUUUUGUGAACUUUAUAAUGUUCAGACCCCAACCCAAUGAUGAAUUAUGCAUUUGGCUUUUUCUAAACAUAAUAAUUCACCACUCAGCUGUUGUUAUCCAACAUGCUCAACAUUGAACAGAGAGAGAGAGAUCUAAAAACAUGAUUCUAUUUGUUUUCAUUUAACUUGGGCUCUUGGCAUAUUAAGUUCAUAAUAAAGCAUGUUGACAUUAAAUUUCUAAGAUUCUGAAGCGCUUAUAUACAUAACUAUUCUGUCAAUGGCAGUAUCUUUUUCUCAUAAUGGAAAUGUUUUGUUUUUCCAAAGCUUAAAGCAAUUUGCUCUGAGCUUAGACCUUUUUUUGUUGUUGUUGGUUUUCUGUUUUUUACUAAAGUUAUGAGCUAGUAGUGUUGAGCACGAAUUGACCUAAGAGGUUAAAACAGGUGUUUUGGUUCAGUUGGAUGACCUUUUGUUGAAUUGACAAUGGCCUUAAUUUGCAUUUGCUGUGUUUGGUUUAGUGUGUUUCUACAUAAAUAAUAAAGGCAAAUCAUCAUCACAGCUAUGUUUUUAAGUGACAGACAUAUUAUUUUAAAUUCAACAAUGUAUCAUUAGGUUCAAACCCAUGUAUCUGUAAGUUAUUUUCUACCUCAAGCCUUAGUUCAGAUCAGGCUAAUUGAAAUGAACCCAUUUCCUUGGUAAUUCUUUUAAAAAAAUGUCCAAAAGUAAAUGGACCUAAACUAACCUAGUUUGACAAACAAAAUACAAUCAAAUUACAAAAUAUAAUACAAUUUUGACCUGAUGAUGUAGUCGGUAGGAGCUGCCACAGCCCCACUGCCGUCACCACAGUGAGUGAAGUCCGUGAAGAAAGAUCUGCAUGAAGUAGACAGAAGUGUGAAUUAAUAAAUAUUCUCCUAAAUACCUAAUACCAAAUUUGUAUUAAAGUCCCAGGUUUGAAGAAUGGAUUACUUUUUUGUUUUUACUAUUUCUCAAGAAAUUUCUGAUGUUUUACAGCCACUGUUGUUGUUUUGUGGUUUAAAAAAUUAAAUAAAUGAAAAAGUAAACGGAA